AUGGAGGAAGUCGCCGCAAUGCAAAUGGCACGAGCUGCCGGUAUGCCUGUUCCCAAGGUCCUAUCUUGUGGAGAGCAUCCCAAUGAGCCAUAUAACCGUCUUUGGUCAAUAUUGAUGACAAGACUCCCGGGUAUUCAACUCGAGAACUCAUACGACUCUCUCCAUGUCGAGUUGGAGGAGCCAUGGCUGCUUGAACUCAAAACCUGCCUCACUUCCAUGCGUGAAUGGACCUCGCCUUAUGAUAGGCGUAUAUGUUCUGUCAUUAACAUGCCUAUGCGGAGCGCCCGAGUACCAGAUCAUACCAUGGGUCCUCUUGCGAACGAUACUGAGUUUCAUGAGUUCCUGAUAAGUCCUGCCUCGGGACACGGCUUUGAUACUACUGAAAAAUAUCUCGAGGCACGGGUCCAAGCAAACAAUAUACGCAAAUUUCAACAUCGGAUCACAUUCACCCACGGUGACACAAGGCUCACAAUAUUCUUGUCGGAGACGAUGGCCAUCUUUCCGGGUUUCUCGACUGGGAGUCAGCUGGAUGGUUACCUGAGUAUUGGGACUAUACAACUGCUAUGA